AUGAUGGACGCCGUUUACCUCGGCAAGCCGUACGCCAGCGACACGCAUGGGAACGUUGUCGCUUUGGACACACAGCACGGCGAGGUUGUGUGGAAAGCGCAGUUCACGAAAGCAAACGGCCAGGACAACGAAAACGGUACUGGAAGGCUGCUUGCCUUUGCCGCCUUCUUGUUGUUGCUGGCAGUGUGUGCUCUCGUCGCGGAGCUACGAAAGCCGCUGGACAAGCGUGGCUGGGUCGUCGUGGCAAGCCUGGCUUCAGUAUUCUUCGGAUUUGACAACUUCUUCGUGGCCCAUGCUGGAAACCUGUUCAAGCCGAUCGAGUAUAUGUCGGCAAUGCUUCUUAUGGUUGGCGUUCUCAGCGCACUCGGAAGCUUGCUGCUGGCCACCUUUUGCGAAAGCUUCAGGAGCGAAGCCAAGCGCUGCGCCGAGCAAGCCUCGACUCUGAAGUUGGUUUGGUUUCUUUGCAGCGGGGCGUUCAUCGCGUUAGCACAAACAUGCGGCUGCUUAAGCUUUUCCUUGGACGAGGCGAACUCAGGACCAAACCAGUCUGUUGUGGUUGCCAACGUUCCUCUUGUGGGCUUCUUCUUCUACAUGUACAGCAGAGAGACCUUAUCAAGGCAGCAGAUCAUGGGAUGUUUCCUGAUCAUGGCUGGUGUCAUUUACAUGUCUGGCCUGUUGUCACAUCCCGCGGACGAUCAGUCCGUCCUGCAAGAUCGAUCCUUUCUUUGGAUAUGCGUUUCGUGUGGCUUCUACGCUGCCUCCAUUAUCACCAUCCGCUUAGCUGGUGAAGCCGAUCUACCUUCACGGCCAAAAACCGUCAGCAUCGUGUUCUUGUCUGGCCUGCUAGGUUUCAUACUGCUUCGACUGCUUCUGUCAGACGGAAGCUACAUUUGCGUGCUCAGUCCUGCAACUCUGGUCUGGCCUUUGUUCAAUGCCUUGGCAUCCAUGUUGGGGCUAUUCUCAGUCGUGGUGUCCUACGAAGUCCCGGACUCGAAGGCUGCGUUGGCCACUGCAAUCAUCGACAGCAAUUCGGUCCCUAUGUGUAUCCUGAACUUUAUCUUGCUCGGCAAAGUGCCGAACAUGUCCAAGCUGAUCGGAAUGAUCAUGGUAUUGCUCGGCUGCUCCUUGGCGUCUCUGAAAUCUGAGGCCAAUGAAAUGUACAAGGUUUUGCCGUCUUACCCAGUUGAGACCGCAACGUGA